AUGCCUCGCAACGCUGUGGGAUGCGUAAUAUGUGGAGGUGCUAUCGAUAAAGGAGAGCCUCGCUGGAUAAGCGAAUUCAGAGCGUUAUAUACGGACGACCACGACUGGACCAAUGUCCGACUGUCUGGCGUCGGCACACGAGGCCCUACACACGAUUAUGCACCUCGAGACUCAUCUUCAAGUUACUAUGAUCCAAAGCUAGAUCCGAGCACUCUAAUAGACAUAUGGCUACUCAAGGUCAAUUUUCGUACCCCACCUCCUGCGCCGCCUCCUGCCCCCACACAAACUGCGUGGGGAUUUCCAUUUCAUGCCUCAUGCUGGGAUCUCAUGGUCAAGCUGUUGGACCAGGAAGAUAUGGAUAAGCGUUGUCUCUUCGAUAUUCUCCUAUCGCUUCCUCAGCAGCAAGGCUACCUCGAUUGGGGGCACGAUUACGGUCGUCUACUAUGCACUCAGGUGGAUGUCAGUCUACUUCUUCCUGGGGAAGAGCGCGUUUUAGGUGGGUUGGAUUAUGACAACAUGCCACGGACCUCCACUGGUCUUCCAGUUUACACUUUCGAUCCUCUGGCUAUACCAGACCUCCUGGCCCUCCGUAGUAGUUGUUUGAAAUCUGUCGAUCACGAGGCUACAGCUCGGAACUCUACCACCAAGAUUCACACCAAACCUGACUCCUUCCGAAAACUCCCUGUAGAGAUCAUACAGAUAAUUCUGAAUACCCUACAGUCAAGAGAUGUCCUGCAUCUUAAAAUAGCCUCUUCCGUCGUCGCCGCAACGCCUCUACCUAAAUCAUUCUGGGCCUCUCGGUUCCUUCCCGGCCACGAAUUCGAGUACUCCUGGAAGAGAUUCUACCUUGGAGUCAAGAACCUCCUUGACGACGCAAACCUCAGAAACAGAUGGCGCAUUUCGAAGCUGAUUUUCCCGCUACGUAACCUACUAUCUAAAUACUCGCUCAGCACUUGUUCCGGCACUCCACUGCAAUCCUUUUUUGAACCAAACGAAGCACCCUCGAAUGAGGGCUCAUGGACGAGUGCUUCUCGUGCCGUAGUCGAUCCCGAAGAUUUUUUCACAUCGGGCUGUAGAGCUCUCCGACUCCGACUCAUACGUCUCCCGGAUAUGCUUACGGCGGUAUUCAUCUCUUUCAUCGACUUUGGCGAUAAUCAAUACAUCUCAGGCAUCCGGUUCCAGCAACAUGAUAAAGUUGAUACGUGUCUCGGAUACAUUCAACGUAGUCAUGAGUCCAUUCUCGAUUCCGUGUGCCCAAUGGGUAAUGAAGGGCAUCUCCAUAUAUCUGGAUUCAUUCUCGCCAUGGAUCUGAGAGGUAUACGUGGAAUAUCUUUGUUAACCAUUGGUGGCGUAUCCAAGUGGUUGGGUGAACAUGAAGGAAUUCCCAAGAAGCGUUUGACAAUUGGAGCAGGUAGAGUGCAGUUAUUGAAGGCAGGAUUCGAUGCGAUGAAAAUUGUGUCGCUGGCCGUGUCAGAGGGCAAAUCAACGUCCUCUGUAAAACCUUCAUCGCUGCGGGACGAGGCCUUCUGGCUGCCAGUUAUUCCUCCUGAGGGGCUUUUAUUCAACGAUCACUCCAGGAACAAGGCUUGGGUAGUUCGCACGCAAAGACCUUAUAAUAUGAUUUUAUUUGGUGGUAGCCGCGGGGAAAACCUGUCGAAACUAGUCAAAGUCGUCGUGUGGAUUGUUGGCUUCUACCACAUAUACGGCAUCGAUUUCAAGUACAACACCGAAGUUGACGGACGGAAAAUCCAUACACUAGGUCGCUGUGGCCCUUUUUCCGACGCAGAGCCACGGCUAGAGGCUCCGCACGAUAACUCCGCGGAUCAAAGGAUAUCGUUUGAUAUCGACGGCCCUGGCGGAGAGAGGAUCAUUCACGUAUACCUGCAAAAUGAAGAAUCCGGAGAUCUCAACGGUUUUCGCGUACGCAAUCUCUACCUUGACCGAAAAGUUCCACGACCGGUAAGGCGGCUAACUGGUCUAGCUCUGCACUAA